AUUCAGAAGAUACCAACUCUGAGCCAGAUGUAGACCUCGAGAACCAGUACUACAACUCCAAGGCAUUGAAGGAAGAUGAUCCAAAGUCAGCACUAGAAAGUUUUCAAAAGGUGUUGGACCUUGAAGAUGAGAAAGGAGAUUGGGGAUUCAAGGCACUUAAACAGAUGAUCAAGAUUAAUUUUCAGCUGGGAAACUAUGAUGAAAUGAUGACAAAAUACAAGCUACUAUUAACAUACAUCAAGAGUGCAGUAACGAGAAACUACUCCGAGAAGUCUAUUAAUAGCAUCUUAGACUACAUCUCUACUUCCAAGAACAUGCAACUGCUUCAAGAAUUCUACGAGACGACCCUCAUGGCCCUUAAGGAUGCCAAGAAUGACAGGUUAUGGUUCAAAACAAAUACAAAGCUUGGAAAACUGUACUAUGACAGAGAAGAAUUCAACAAGCUAGCAAAGAUCUUAAAACAGUUACACCAGUCAUGUAAAAACCAAGAUGGCACAGACGAUCUCAAAAAGGGUACCCAACUUUUAGAAAUCUACGCACUUGAGAUUCAGAUGUACACAUCACAGAAGAACAACAAGAAACUGAAAGCUUUGUAUGAGCAAUCUCUACAAAUCAAGUCUGCAAUACCUCAUCCACUUAUCAUGGGUGUUAUCAGAGAAUGUGGCGGUAAGAUGCAUCUGCGUGAGUGUGAAUACGAAAAGGCACAUACAGACUUCUUUGAGGCUUUCAAGAACUAUGAUGAAUCAGGUAGUCCUAGGAGAACAACAUGUCUCAAGUACUUGGUCUUAGCAAACAUGCUCAUGAAAUCAGAUAUCAACCCGUUUGAAUCACAAGAGGCUAAACCGUACAAGAAUGAUCCUGAGAUCCUAGCAAUGACGAAUCUAGUCAGUGCCUAUCAGAAUAACGAUAUCAAUGAGUUUGAGAAGAUCUUAAAGAAUAACAGACGGAACAUCAUGGAUGAUCCCUUUAUAAGAGAGCACAUAGAAGAUCUACUGAGGAAUAUCAGGACACAAGUCUUAAUCAAACUCAUCAAACCUUACACAAGAAUCCAUAUUCCUUUCAUUUCAAGAGAACUUAACAUAGAUGUAGCAGAAGUUGAAAGCUUACUAGUUCAGUGUAUAUUAGAUAAUACAAUAUGCGGGAGGAUAGACCAGGUCAACCAACUAUUGGAAUUAGAUCAAAAAUCAAAAGACACAGCACGCUACCAUGCACUAGACAGGUGGACGGUACAACUAGCAUCUCUACAACAGUCAGUGGGCAACAAGAUGGCUUGAAUUACAACAAUCUUGCCUCAAUUGAACUCUUGCGCUACAACUGUUGUACACAGUAGGACAUGAGACAUUGUAUUUUUAUGACUACAUAUGUUCUGUGAUAUUCUGGGAAGGUAGAUUGGGUUGUCGGAAAGGCCCCAUCGACUGAUCUCUUCUCAUCAAACCACCCAGGAUCGAAACCCCUCAUUCUUUGUUAGGAUUGCCGUCUCCUGACAUCAACAGUAAUGUAUUCCUGUCAUCAGUCUAACAUCAUUAUAGGAAAAAUCUUUCCCCCGAUAGAAUCAAUAGGCUUUUCUAUUUUGGACCUAGAUGAUGAAUAACUUGAGACAUUAUUGGGGUGAUGAAGCGCAGAGCAUGUGGCUAAAGUGCUACCAGCCUCGAUGGAAGAUGCACCAAGUUAUUAAUUUAAGUCUCUAAACCAUUGAUAUGGAUAGAAUUGUGCAUAGUUAUGGUCAUGCUAUUUUAUUAUAAGAAUUUGUUAUUAACAAAGUGAAGAUACACCAUGAUAAAUCGUAACCAACAUGUUUCUCUCCCAUAAAGUCCCCUUUUUCUUGUUCUUUUGAAUAUAUGAAUAUUUCUCUUACCUUAUAUUUGACUUUAUUUUUGUUGUAUUUUUUUUCUUAUUGACAGUGCCUAUUUUGAUUUUAGCCCUGUUAUCUUUCAUUCAAUGUUGGCUUUCUUAUCAUUGAUUGGAAGUAUGUUUGUUUCAUGGCUUAAUUUAUGUUGCAUAUGUAAUGUUAAUAGUAAUAAUGAUAAUGAGUUCUUAUAAACCACACUUGUCUGUGAGAUAUGACAGUCCUAGCUGACUGACUUAGGUGCAUAGAACGGUGUGUCCCUUCGCUCUCCUACGGAUGAUCCUUUUCCAUUCAGUUCUACCCUGGGCUAGGUCUUCAGCAUCCAGUAGAGGGAGAUCCACAUCUUGUCUGACUUGGUCCCUCCAUCUGGAAGGGGGACGUCCUGGUGGUCUCCCCUUGUCAAAGUCAUUUCUGUACGCCUGAACUGGAAAGCGGUUUUGUGACAUACGGCAUAUGUGCCCGUACCACCUCGGGCAUUUUUUUGUAGCUUCCUCUUGUGUUUGAUAAUACAACAGAAAAACAUAAUAAUUUGGUAGAUUCCCAAUACGGCCCCGCCCACUUUGCAGGGGACGGGCCAAUUUCUAACUGUGGGGAGGACAUCGCAGGCAACGCAUAGCGAUGGUGUACUGUAAUCUGACUGUGUCAAAUGAGAACCUUGGCAAGAGCAGAGGAAGAAUUCACGGAAAACAGUCUAAAUUUCGCAAAGAAUGACGCGGACAUGCAUGCAGCGCGCAUCACAGCUACAGAGAUUAAUGUCAUUAUUAAAUGUCAAUGUCAUUUUUUCCCAUGAGGCAUUGCAAAUUUCAGCCUGACCUCUGCAACCAAAUGGUGGCACACCAUAUUGUGAAUCCACCAAAUUGGAUUCUCACUGUUGAGAAAUAAUCAAAUUCACAAGAAUUUGUGAAAUUUGAUAUGAAAAUUUACAGAAUUAAUAUUUGUUAAUGCCAUUUGUUAAUGGACCAGUAGCACAAUAUGGGGUAAUAAAUUAAUGAAAAAUUUGAAAUUAAAAGAUAUAUAUAAAAAUUCAGUGGAAACCUGUUGACAAAAUAUUGUUUGUAUCGAUAUAAACAAAUUAUUAUAUUCAGGUUGAAAAUGUGAAAACCAUAAUAAACAGCUAUUCUAUGGGACAGGUCAUUUAACAAUAUUUCAAAAUGUUCUAAUGGCUGUGGUUUUUCCACAUCUGAGUUUUGAUACCAAUCAAAAUUUUGAUUAAAAUUAGUACACAAAAUUUGUGGCAAUCUGGUAAUCUUUUUAGAAUAAAACAUGAGAUGUUUCACUUUUUAAGGGCUAUAUUUCCAAACUUAUAUGAUUUGAGUCUGCAAACUAUAAACUCCCUUGCCUAAGAAUAUGAAUUGCAUAGCUUUUCAAUGAAUUAAAAAAAAAAAACAGUAUUCACAUAUAACCCAUAGAUGAGAAUAUAAAUCCUCUAUGUAAUGGAAAUGGCAAAAGCUGAAAAUAAAGUACAGUUUUAUCCUGUUUGAAAGCUCGUAGAUAUAAAGCAAAUAAUACAGGCUCAGCUGCAGUGAUUAAUUAGCCAUUUGUCUUCCUAUGAAGUUAUAAUAAUAAUAAUAACUAAUGUAAAGUGCUUUGAUUGUGCUUUUGCCCCACAAUACUUCAUCUCUUUCUCAUAGCUUUAUCUCCCUCUCUCAUUCACUUUUGUUGGAAAACAAGGUGCUUGAUUUGAUCAUUAGCAUAUUUUGAAUGACUUCCUGUUUUCAGAAAGUCCUAUUUGUGAUAUUUUGACGAUUCCAUAAAGUAAGAAUAGAGAAAUAAAGUGGUUAGCAAAUGAAAUAGUUGAUAUAAUUGCCUGUUUUAUAACUGUUUAUCAAAUUUCCUUUAAUGAAAAAUAUGCUCAUUAUACAAUUUUCUUUAUUGCACAUACCUUACAUUGAAAUUUUGAGGCUAACAUAUUGAAAUCAAACUAAGAAUCUCUGAUAAAGGUUUCUCAAGUAAAUAUCUGAAAAUUGAUUUAUACUGGAGAAGUUGGAAAACUACUUGGAUAAGAAGAUUGUUAAGAGUAUUUGUAAAUAGUGUGAAAAACUUAUAUUGUUCUUUUGAUACUUCAUUAUGUGUGUGAUUAAAUCACCAAUGUUGAACUCACUCGUAUGGAAGAGAUUAAUAAUAUACAGGUUUGAAGGAGAUGUUUUCCCGUUUAAAAUGUGUUUAAGGUUAAACAAAAAAAAUCAGAAAUUGAUGUAGAGUCUAGUUAUGGGCCUUUUGCGUCAAUCUUAUAUCCUUUGGUAGAGGGAAGAGAUCUGAUAAUCAUUUAAACACAUAAUCCCAAUUGGGAAUAUGGCCAUUGGUAUUAUUAGUUUGAAGGAUCUUGUGCUGUCUCCCUUCUUCCUUCCUCAUUGUCUGUAUCUCUGUCUGUCUCUUUCUCUUGUUCUCUUAUUCUUUCUCUGGCUUUCUCCCCCCCCCCCCCCUCUCUCUUGAUGGUAUGACUACUAUUCAGAAUUUUGGCCAUUUAAAUCCUAACCAGUUGCUAUUAACAGGAAUACCAUGCUAUACAAAUCUUUCAAACAAUUAAAAACUUUGCGGAUUCUACCUUUGCAGUUAACUGAAUUUAUGCAUUUUGUUUUGAAAUAUGUAGUAAAGACUGGCACUUUAUUAUAUAUAUAAGCGGAUACUUAUGUGGUUAAUUUAAUCAGAAAUUUUCCAAGUACAUCAUGACAAUAUUUUUUGUAUUUGCCCAUGCUGAUACCAAUAUUGCACAGCCAAAUCGUAAUUGUAACAACUUCUGAAUGCUGAAUAAGUUGAAAUUUGUAAUCUACAUCAGAUUUGCUCACUAAGUUAAUGGUGCAAACAAUAUAUUAUUAUGUUAUAGUAAAGACAGGCUCAUCCCUAGAAAAAGGAUGGGAAGUAUCUGCUUUUUUCAUCAGAUUACUUUGAUAAAUUCUGAGAGAAAAAAUGAAAUAAUCCUCAAAGAUGAUGUUACAUCAUUGGAAAAUCUGAAAUAUAUCCAACAUAAACCAUUUGAAAGCCCUUGUAAUCCAUAUUGAUAGGGAAAUGACAUUACCUAUGCAAGAUAUGCUGAAAACCAAGGGCACUAAUAGGUUCAAUUGCUUAUCAUUUUUGCAAAUAAAUAUGUUCUCCAUGCUCCUCAACUACCAGAAAUAUUCACUCAUGGUGAUGUGGUGAGUUAGAGACAUGUCUAGCAUAGGCAGUAAUCUUGGGAGGGGGAAGAUGUGUUAGAUUUGUUCCAUCCUGAAAUUUAUGAUUUUAUCCAGCAGCCAGUUGGAGAUUUUCACUUUCCACCUUGCCGUGAUAAAAAUAUUAAGAAAUCGCUCCAUAACAUUUGUAUGCAAUCUAGGCAAUGCCUAUUGUUGGAGAAAAAAAAAAGUUAACUAGACUCCUCUUGAUUAAAUGUUUGAUAACAAAUUCAUUAUUAAAAAUACAUCAUACCCUGGCCUUUAUUAUCUCAUUAAAUUGUUGAUUAAAUAUAUGUUGACAUAGAUUUCAUUUGUCAUUUUAUUUCUAAAAUGGAUGGCAACAUUUGUAACUCUUGAAAUCAGGUGUCAUCAUGUUGUCAAGCUCCCUCUCUUGUUCAUACUGUGCUUGAAUGUCGCACACACCCAUGAAACCAACAUGCAUAUGCAUAUGACCAUAUAAGGAGUGUUCAUGAAUAAUGCAUUGGUUUCUAUGUUUAUUAGGCAAAUGACAUGCAUGUACAAAUGAAUCGUAACAAGGCCAACUUUUCCCUCUAUUUUUAUUAUUUUUGUUUGUUCUAAAAAUACUGGAUGCAGUAUAUCUCCACCCCUUUAGAAUUCUGUAAUUCCUCUAGAUAAUUAUCAAACGUUAAAAGCAAAGUAAUUUGUUUUUUGAGGAAUGGGAAAUGAAAUUACUUGGGUGUAUUGAUGCUUGUUGACUGGUGUAUAUUGGUGUUACACCUGUCUUCUCGGAUUAAAUAAAUAAUAUGACAUGAAACUACUGAGAAAUUAAACACUAAUGUAUGCCAAGUGAA